GUUCUGACGUCUUGCUUCUCUCGCCAUGUUAAUCUCCGCGGUCAAUUACCCGAAGACUGCCAGGGCACAAGCAAGUUCCACGUUCUCGAAUCCCAUUCCCCUCUUUCUCGUUCCAAUCCUACCAACCGGACCCAAAUGGACCGAACGCUUUUGCUACUCGUACGCCGAGGGCCCUUAUCGAUGGGGAUGAGGGGUGAUAAACCAAUUGCCCCUCCUUUCCGUCUUGCUCUGUCUCGUCUUUUUUUAUCGCCAAAAGAUGCCCCUCCAUGGUUUUUUGCGCCCACCCAUUAUCAAUCAUACCAUCACCGUCCGUCUAGUCAGUCAACCGCCUGUUUUUUUCAUCAUCUUGGGGUGGUGCUACUGAUGCAAUUGACGUCUUUUGACAGAUGCUUCGUGACCCAAGGCUUGUCCCAUGCCGUCUCGCUGCUACGACGCUGAAGUCCCUCAGACAACCGAAUCACCUCACUUUGCAGUAGCAUUGGGCUUGAUUUACACGCCGCUUGUUU